AAUUACGAAACGGUUUAAUUCAAAAGCCCGAAUACAACCACCGCCUUCUGUGUGGGAAACGCAUCUUGCUCGUUUGCAAUAUUUUUAUUCAGGUGUAAAUAUUCCGACAAGGAAACUGUGUAAAAGGACAUUGUCUCUUUUGAAACGCCAUUUACCCAGUGAUGUUGUAUACAUGGAAUUAAGCACUGUUAAUGAUUCCAACUGAUAUGCUUUUGCUGCUGAUCAAAGCGCCACGAUCAUAGCUUCCGCGUGUGUGAUGAUCUACAUCUGACAGUCAACAUGUCGCAGCGAUACCUCGAGUCGAUUCGGAACCCACAGCCGUACCCUGCUUCGGACACGGAUAACCCGCCUAGUCGAGCCCGGACGCCUGUUAGUGUGGGCCCGAGGAACUAUUCCACCCCCAGCAACCCUCCAAGUCGCUCCAGGACACCUGCAUCGGUCCUGGAACUCAUUAACCCCAAGCCUUACCCGAACGCACAGAACACCCGCGAUCACCAGAUAGUGAAGCCAACGGCUGUCAGGGGUGGCGAGAACCCGGCUUAUUACCACGAUGAUGAGGAUAAACCGAGAUCGAAAAAGCUGACGAAAACGAGAAGCACUCCCAGAGGGACUCCGGCUGGUAGCGACGCGGAGAGCAGGUAUAUUACUGCUCAGUCUAAUAACGGUUAUAAAGGAGGAUCGCUGUCUAGUCUUAACCUAUCCCUACAGGUUGCAGAUGGACAGCCGAUUAAGAAAGAGACAGUGCAAGAUGUGGAGGCUGGUCCUAGACCGGCCCCGAGGACAACCAGUAUCGACGGCCGUGAGAAGGACCACAAGCUUGCCUCUGAUGCCUUAGGUUCGAAGCCUAUUGACACGACUAGAUCGUCACAUCCAAUGACAUCGAGGGAAAAGAAAGAAAAGAUGGCUAAAACAGGGGGGAGAGAUGAGGAGGAUUGGGAUGAUGAUGAGGAUGAAGUUUGGUAUAAACGACAUGAAAAGCUACUUUGGAUCAUAUGCAUUGUAUUCUUCAUAGUGGUGUUCUUUUUCGCCCUUGGUCUCGGACUUGGUCUCAGAGCUCGAGCAACUGAUUAUACUGGCGCCUUCGCAAACACAGCAGGACAAGAAUGCAGAUUCUCUUGCCGGAAUAGGGAUAGGUAUACCCAGAGGUCAUCCAAUCCCCUCAUUGUGUUCUCAAUAGAUGGCUUGCCAAACGAUCUACACAAUUAUGACAAUGAUUAUGGAAGGAAUCUUAAAAGAAUGACUGAAUGUGGGGUUCAUUCACGCAACUUGGUUUCAUCCUUUGCAAGUACAACCUAUCCCAAUCUCUGGACGAUCCUAACUGGCCUAUAUCCAGAGAAGCAUGGUGUAAUAUCUGAUUACAUCCGUAGUUCGACCAGAUCAUCUCGUAUAUUUGAACCGAGGGUCUCCCAGGAUAAUCUUGAUGAAAACGAGUGGUAUAAAGCAAAACCAUUAUGGCAGACAGCUCGUGAGCAGGGCGUGAUAACAGCCAGCCAUUCCUGGGUUGGUAAUAACAUGCGUAGCUAUGAGAAUGAAGUCAGGCAACCCAUCAACAGCAAGCCAAACUACUAUCAGAGAUACAAUUCAGUACUGACCCCUCAAGACAUGAUCGAUACGGUCUUAAAGUGGAUAGAUCAAGAAGAGGUUGAAAAAAUCCCACAAUUCAUAACUGUGUUCUUCAAAGAGCCUGGUGACACAAUCAGACAAUAUGGAUACAACUCUCAACAGGCCAAUGAAGCAUUAAGGGAGGUCGACCUGGCCAUAGGUAGCCUGUUAGACACCCUGUAUAGUCGCCAAGAUGGAGGGUGUUUCAACAUGAUGGUCGUCUCUCCUUCAGCUCUCGUCAAUACAACAUGUGGCAAUAACAAUGAUAAUGUUGUCUUCUUUGAUCAAGAGAUAACUGACACCCGUGGUUUCACUCUGACACCUUCCUAUCUCAACACCUUCUCUCGCAUUGAAGUCAACUCUCUUGAUGCUGCUGAUGCAUUUGAUACCAAUGACAAGUUGGCGGAUGAAUUAAGGUGCCGGAUUCCAUCUGAUGGUUAUGUCUACACACGAGAUGAAAUGCCUGCUAGAUUCCACUAUUCUUCUGACAUGAUACCCAACGAUGUCUUUGUCCUUAUGAAAAAUAUGAUGUCAUUUGCAAUGUCUCCUUCAAAUUACGAUCAGGAGAAUUGUCGCUAUGCCAGUGAUGGAUAUGACCCUUAUGGUAUUGAUACAAAGGCGUCCUUUAUUGGCUUUGGAAUGAGCUUCAGACAAAAUUACACCGCCUAUGAAUUUGAUACAGUCGAAAUCUACAACCUCAUGACGAAGCUCAUAGGGGUAACUGGUGAACCAAAUAAUGGUACGAUGGGUGCACUGAACCAUAUGUUACGGACUCCGGGGGACUUCCCGACUAUGGCCAUGGAGUUUGCGGCAGAAUCUAACUGCGUCUUCUCCAAUGAGGACAUGGGGCCCUUUAACACUGGAUGUACUUGUGAACCUGUGAAUGUGAAUGACCCCACCGCUAUGGAGAGGGGGCAGCAGGUCCUCAGUGUCUCAAGUGGCGCAGCCGCUCGUCACAUUCCGUUUGGUGCACCCCGCUUGCUUGCCUCCGCCAACCCAGCCGCCGGCUCCAGCUGUAAGCUUUACCAAAGUAGCUAUGUCAUGGCUUAUGAUAAAACACUAUCUAUCAGCAAAUACGCUUCAUUUACACUAACGACUGGGUUCAACACGGUUACCAUGCCAUCAAACUGCAUCAUCACCGACACUCGUCUAGCGAUAGGAGAGAACCCAACUUGUAACGCGUAUGGUCCACAGCGAAUCACCUCACUAGCUCCUAACGUUCGACAGGGUUUCUUGCUUCAACCCGAGUUGUCUGUAGGAAGCCAGUACUCUGGGGUCAUCUCAUCAAAUAUCAUCCCAAUCUACUCCGAAUUCAAAAGAGAUAUUUGGGAUGGGCUGAUUGAACUCUAUCAGAUAUGGUUUAACUUUGGAUCGACACAGAGCAUCAAUAUCGUUCAAGGACCUAUUUAUGAUAUGAAUCGCAAUGGAAUAACAGAUCCCUUCUCUCUUAUUUCAUCCUCUGAUGCCUGGGCAGGUCAAACCGUAGUUCCAUCUCAUUUCUACAUUAUUGCUACGCGAUGUGCCAACGACACAACUCUAGAAUCAUGUGAGGCAAAUGGAAUUCAAAUGAAUGCCUUCAUUCUACCACAUAACAACAAAGGAUUACCGGAUUGUGCACAGCCGACACAACUCCAGGACUACCUGAGGGAGCAUCGGGCUAGCGUGAUGGAUGUAGAGCGUAUGACUGGACUCUUUUUCUUCCCUGAUAAGGCCUCAUCUGAGAACACCAAUACCAACGAACGACGGCUCAUCACUCUCAUGAAAUCAGAUAUUCCAGACUUGUGGAUGGUCUAAAAUUACACAAGAACAAAAAACUAUUAAAAUAACACAUUUGCAAUAACAGUUUAAAGCUACUGAAAUCAUUCAAUUCAAUUGGUUGAUCGUAAGCUUGCUUAUGCAUUUGUCAUGACGAAAAACUUCCAUUUGAGAACACUAUACCCCAGUUCCCCUUCUCAUCAAUUCUCUUCUCCAGCCGUAACUGCCUCAAGAAAGCAAUUUAAUUAUCAAAACACCUGUUUCUUGACGUUGGUCCGAAGAUAAAACAACAGCCCGGCAUAUACAGUCACAGCAGGGGGCCACACACGAUGGGAUGCAUGUGCAGCGCUGAGUGCGGUCCCUGUAAGCAUGCCGUCAUUUUUAUUCGCUUACUUUCCUUAUUCCGAGGUCGAUUUUCUUCGUUCGAAAUUGAAAAUGGACUAACAUUGGGUUUAAUUUUACGAACAGCUCUAUGAAACAACCAGUUUCAUAAAGAUUUGUUACAAAUAACAUUAUUGGUUGUUUCAUAGAGCUCUUCGUAAAAUUAAUAACGACUUUACGGAUUACUGGACCAUAAUCUUAAUAUGGUUAUCAUAAGGUUUUCAUGUAGAACAAUAAAGGGUCACGAGUCGUGCAUAGGUAUAAAGUCAUUUGUAACUUUUGAACAGCCUUAAAAAGUAACAUCUAUCAGAAAAACCCAGAUAUUCUUCAGAACAACUGGUAGGUCUUGUCUUAUAGAUUUUUAUUUCUCUUAAUCAUGUAUCAACUUCAAAUUUAUAUGACUAUAAUGUCAGCAUGAGAUUUCCGAAGCUUUUUACCAAUCUUGUUUUGAAGUUUUGUUUAAAGUGGACCCCGAUCGACUCAUUAUCUUGCCCUGUGCUGAUCUUUAGGAAAUUAAUUUUUUUUCUCAGUGUUAUGCUAAUUAUGCCUUAUUGAUGAUUUUGAUUACUAGGAUUUAGGCAUUUAACGUUUUGAAUUUAUUUGCCCGAUUAUUUUAGUGAUUAAUAUAAAAUAAUGUUACAAGGUACUGAAAAGGGGCAUUUUGAUUGACUGAGUAAUUCCCUAUUGAGGAAAACCUGCUAAAGCCCAUUUCUUUGUGAUGUCAUCACUAUUGGUUUUGAUUCCAUCAUUGGGGAAAAAUUGUGAGAUACUAUCAAUAUGAGAUAGGUUUAAAGAUGAAAAAGUCUUUCAGUUUUGCAUGCUAUUCUUUAUCUUUGAAAUAGAGUGUAGAGAUAAAAUGCUAUUCUACUCCCGCAUUAGACGUUUGGAUAUAUGUACAUGUAGUUUGUUUUUUAAAGCUGUUAUUAUGGUGAAAGGAUAAUUACUUGUUUAUUCUGGAAAUAGGUCAUUAAUUUUGUGUAAUUUGUUCACAUCUCUUAUCAAACUGGUGCAUUUAUUGGACAAAAAUAACAUGGUUUGAGCUUAUAACGAUCAUUAUACUAUUCACAUUUUUUACGACACCGUGCCUGUAACAGAAAAUGCUUGUCAGAACUUGCUUGAAUGAUUUGAUGAAUACAUCUAGUGCAAAUUUGCAGUAACAGUUAUAAGCUACUGAAAUCCUUCAAUCUUAUUGGUUGAUAGCAACUUUUUAAUAGAAUUUGGGCAUUUGUUAUUAUAACACCUUAUGAAAUGGGACCCAGUUGAGAAUUUUAUUUGUCUCGAAUGUUGGCAUAAAUUUUCUUGUGUUUGUUCUCAGUUAUAAAAUUUGUAGUAUACCAUUUAUGCUGUGUGAAUACGUUUUGCAAAUGUAUAAUGAAUUUUAGAGAGUCUUCGGGGAAUUUUGAUAUCAUAUUUAUAUUCCAUAAUGGAGUUUUAGCUUUCUCACUUAUGCCAUCAUAGAUUACAGCAAGUGGAUAUUAUUGUACCACUAUAUUAUGAUGACUCCAUAUUCUUAAUGGUCGGAUUUCUUUUCAAUUAUUAAGUACUAGAAACAAUAUGUACUGGAUAUUACCUUAUUUUAUAAUCUGUACAGUACACUCUAAAAGAUGAAAUAUUAAAUCAACAAUUGAAAUGUUUGAGGAGAGACAACCUUAUCUGAAUGCUGCAUUACCACUUUAAAUGGUUAGACCCAACACAGUUGGAUUCAGCUUUAUGCAAGGUUGGAUAUAACAUUUGAAACUCCUCCAACCUUUGAACUGUUGAUUAUACAUUUCUUUUUUUUAGAAUGUAGGUAAAAGUGCCAAAUUUUUUAUAAGUGAUCACAUUGUACAUAAGUGCCUCGAAUUUGUGAUUUGUAAUUGUUUCCAACUUUUUAGAGCGUGGGUCUUAAAGUCUUCGUCGCGGCUAUACACUCAUAUAGGGAUUUGGUUUACUGUUUGCUCAACAAGUAUGAACUGAAAAUUUAUCUGGUUUAAUCACUUGUUCAGAUAAGGUGACAACUCAGAGUUUGAUUGGUUUCGUUUCAUUUGCUUUUAAAAGUUGUGUUUGUAUUCUGCGAGCUUUUCAAAUUUUUGUGUGUUUAUAAUGAAGUCAUCUCCAGCCCUCACAUUUUUAAAAACUACAUAGUUCUAUAUUGAACAUUCUUUACCUAAGAAAGAUUUUGAUCAUCAUUUUCUUUUAAUUUGCAGUGUCCAUUCAAUUGCUACGAUGCACAUAUAAUUACCAGUAAUGGAAAUCUUGAUUCAAUGUUAGACGUUGUACUGUACUACUGUCACUUAGGACAAAGUGGAUUAUAUACUGCAGAAAUCGGGAAUAUACAUGUAAUAUGGGGCGUAGAAAUCGCACAGACAAAUGUUUUAUAUUUUAGAUUUCACAAUGUUUUGGAUUUUAUUUCUCAUUCUUUCUUAUGAUAAUUAAUGUUUAUAUACUUCAGAUUGAUUUUUCGAGCGUAAAAAAGAUAUACAUAGUCCUUUUUAACAAAAACUUCAUUUUUAAGAAAAUUUCCAGUUUGAAAUGGUACAGGUGUUUUUUUUAAUACAUAUAUUUGAAUAUACUUAUUGACAACUUUUAUGAGUGUAAGGAAACACAUUCUUAUACAUGUACCAUAGGCUUAUAGGCAUUUGUAAAUGAAGUAAAUAUAAAUUUAGAGUAUGACUAUUAUCAACCUGAAUUUGCAGUGAUAUAUCUUCACUGCAUUCAUGUAUUCACCUUGUAUAUCUUCGCUCUGAAUUGAGUGUUUAGUAAAUAGAAAUGCCGUUUUGUA